AUGCCCCCUCGCUCGAAGCGCAAUGCCUCUCGCCGCCAGCACCCUUCUGCUCAACCAACCUCCUACGACGACUCUCUCGCAUCGUACUCCCCCAGCCCCGUCCACAGCAUCAACCUCGGCACCCCCAACCCUCCCCCCAAUCUGCUGUCCUUCGAGCCCGAGGCUCCACCAUACCCCUCCCCUUCCCCCGCCGUCUUCGAGCUAGAACCCCCGCCGUCCGAUCCCGAGGCCGGCCGCGCGUCCGCCGCGAUCCGCGACGCCCACCUUUUUGACGACGACCCCGGCUUCGCGUACACCCCCGACCGCGACCACGACCGCGACAUGUACGUCCAUCACGAGGGCGCGAGCGAAUCCGACAUCGACGACGGGGGCCCCGCUUCCACCUCGACCUCCCCACCCGGCCCCUCUUCGCUCGGGAACCACUUCGCGGUCUCGGACGAGCCGUCGCCUAGAAGGUCUGGCUUGAGCAAGCUCGCCAGUGCCGCCGCAGCCGCAGCCGCUGCCGAAGACACGACCGACGACGACUCGUCGCUCGCCCGGAGUGUGGGGCACAUCCGGGCACCCGUCCUCGCCCGCGACCCGACACCCCUCGAGACUUUCUCCCGGACGAUUCGCAACUAUGUACCCUCGUCGAUCCCGAUCCCCUCGGCGGCACCCUCGCCCCCGCGCGUCUCACGACCAGUCUCGUUCGGGAGUUUCCUUAGCCCGUCUGCGCCGACAGCCCCGGUACUCCAUGCAGCCUCGCCCCCACCCUCUUCUCCCGAGUGGCGUCGUCCAGUGAGUGGCGCCACUCAGAGCCGCGGACACCGGUCCUCCGGAGAGAUGCCGGUAUUCAGCCUCGACGACGACGUGUUACGCGAGGAAGAACCAGAGCGGAGGGCGACGCGGUAUCCGGGUGUCGGAGACACGGAGAGCAUCCUGUGGGCAGGAUGGGACACGCUGUCGAGCGUCAUCGACGGGUCUGGGGAGACGCCGAAGUCCAGGAGCGUGCUCAUGCUCGGGUAUCCGAGCGGGGUUCAGAUAUGGGACUGCCUGAACCUGGGUUCCGUGUCUGAGCUGCUGAACCUGACAGGUGCGCAGUGGGGCGCUGUCGAGUUCGCGGGGGUGCUGCCUGACAUCACGAACCCCGCGGAGGACGAAUUCAGGCAGAAGCGGCCACUGAUUGGCUUCUCGUCACGCACGGCUCAAGGCACUGACUUCGUUGUGUAUUCUUUACGUUCGCAUGAAGUCGUCCACCGACUUCCCGUAAUCGGUCUAACAUCUUUCGCUGCAUCUAGUCAAUUUAUUGUUUUGUGUACAUCAAACCCAUCAACGCUAACAACUAUUUCCGCCUGUACACUUGCGACUCUGUACACUAUAUCGUCCACCUCGCUGAACUCAUUCGCAUAUCCCCCAUCAUACACCUCACCAGUAACCAGUCAUAACAACAACGCAUCAUUCAACGACUUAUCUCAUCUAGAUCUAGACAAACAUUUCGCAACGUCGGCGCCACGACCUAUCUACGCACUCUCUAAUCGCCUCUUGGCGUACGUCGCCCCCCUCACCCGCCCAGAGCCCAUACCCAUACCUACCCCUGGUCAAGCUCACACAAGCUCACCUGUCCCCGCUCUCGAUGCCGCGCAAUCCGCAGGCAAGUUCGGCUUGAACAUAUCUCAGGCGGAGCUCGGUAGUGCCGCGGUCAAGAUCGGCGGCUCAAUGCUAAGCGGGAUGAAGACCCUCGGCGGCAUGGCGUUCUCUGCUGCGCGCGCAGGCGUGAACGCCGCGGUAGAGCAAGGCGCUGCGCACGCGCGAAGCACUUCCGCCGGCGGAAGCGGUGCCAACGGGUUCGGGUUGUUCUUCAGCAAGAGCGCCCCAGCGGCGACCGCCUCUCCGCACGAGUACCAGACUGCAGCGGAUCGGCGGCGCCGAAGCCUGCGCAUCUCUCCCGUCAACACCGCCACUAACGACGGGCUCGCGUCGCCCACACCCACAUCGACGGGCUUUCUGCCUCCUUCAGCGUCGUCCCCCGGCAUGUCCUCCGCGGGGUCUGUUGUCGUUAUCGUUGACCUCCGGAGCCUCCUGGGUGCGGCCCCUGGGACAGAACCGGAGCCGAUCGCGCAGUUCGCGUUCGCCAAGGCGCCAGCACUCAGUGCGUUGAAGUUCUCGGACGACGGAACGAGCAUCGCUGUCUGCUCGAAAGAUGGACACGCUGUACGCGUGUUCCAGAUCAAGCCCACUCCACGGUCCGCGCGGAUCCGCGCCCUCUCAUCCACGACGCGGCGAGAGCCAGACAGUACGAAACGCACGCACGAUCGGCCAAGCGUGCAUCCAAUUCGACGCGCCUCAUCUUCCUCGGACGCCGGCGCGGAGCAUCUCGCGGAGUCUGUCCAGCACGUGUAUACGCUCCGGCGUGGACGGACGAGCGCGAUUGUCGAGGGCGUCGAGUGGGCGAACGACAAGGCGUGGUUCGCGAUGUCUUCGCGCAAGCGGACCAUCCACGUGUACGCAGUGAACCCAAUGGGCGGUAAGCCGGACGGCGCGGGACACCUCAUGGGCAGGGUGGGUAAUCUGCAAGAGCUGGCCGCCCCUCAGACCGAGCUUCCCCCGCUUGUGCGCGUCCGGCUCAAGCAGCUCCCACAGGACGCGCGGAGUGUCCCCGUUGCGUUCACCUUUGUUCGCGGGGCCGAUGGUGCGGUGCCCUCCUCGCUGCUCCCGCCCGCCGCGGUCCACUUCUCUGCGUCCUCGUCGCCUUCCUCGGUCACCUCGAGCGGGUUCGCCAAGCCCGUCUCCCCCGCUCAGCGCCCGACCCGCCCUACGAACUACAAAGACCUUCUCGUGUUCGACCCGAACGACGGCACCCUGGCGCUCCACCGCAUCUUUGUCGAGCGCGCCGCCGUCGACACCGCCGUCGUCCCCGGCUCGAUCCCCGUCGCGGGCGGGAUGAGCAUUUCGCUCCCAGGAGUGGGCACGCUCAGGAACAUGGGUAUGGUCGGGAUGAGCGCGAGCCCGCCGAGUCCGCGUGUGGCGUCGGGGCUGACGCAGAUGAUGGAGCGCGGGACGGAGAUCGUAGGGCGGGAGACGGUCGUCGGGACGUGGGCGCUCGCGAGAGGGGGCGGCUGGCCCGAAGUGAGGCAGGUGUUGCGGAGCGGGAGGGCGGGGAGUGGGACGCUGAGGAAGCUCCCAAAGGCCGACUGGCUCUCCCGUGCAGAGCUCUCGACGUGCUCGUCGUCGCCCAAGCUUCUUCCCCGCCUCAUCUACCUCUCGCACCAGUUCUCGUUCUACGCGCUCAGCGAGGACUACCACGCGCUCAUCCGCUCCGCGCAUCUGGACGUUCCCGCACGGAAGAUCGACGUCCGGAAGCCGAUCGAAGUGAGCGCGUUCGCCACCGGCGACGGCGACGCGUUCGUCCAGGGGCUCCCUGCGCACGCGCACCACGACAUCGGCGGACGCGCCCCAUCUUCCUUCGAUGAGCCGCUCGCGUCCGCGCUCUCCGGGCCGCUCCCCGCGCAGAACCCAUCGCCUCCAGUCCUGCCGAUGCUGCCCAACGGCACGCCCGGGUCCGCGUCGCGCUCGCUCAUCAACGCGAUCCCGAUCCGCCAGGUCGCCGCGGGCCUGCAGGACGGGAUGUCGGAGGGGAUCGGGCGGAUCAGGCGGGAGCUGGGCAAGGCGCGCUCCCCGAAGCUGGUACCGCAGCACCGACGGGACUCUGUCCCGCUCGAGUUUGAUGAAGAGGACGAGGAUUUCGCGGUGAAUGACGUGCAGCCCGUGCAGGGGCUCGCGGACUCGAUAUCGCGCUCGACGUCGAUGGGCACCGUAAGCUCGGAGGCGCACACGCCUAGCGCGCCUGUGAACCUCGACCCGCUUCCGGUCGACCAGGACGCGGACGGGCAGACGUGGUCGGGGUGGGGUCCCGAGGACCAGAAGGCGGUCGAAGACGCGGAGCGGUUCGACGAGAUCACGGUCGGAUUCAUGGACGAGGAGCACGAGACGAUACGGCAGGUGGAGGCGAAGGCGAGCGCGAAGAAGGCGCCGAGGGUGGGCAAGAAGAAGCGCGAUCGACGGACGGCACGGGAUCCUGGACUCGAAGGUCGAGGCGGCGGCCAGGACACGCUGGGACAAAGCAUGAUGUAG